UCUGCCGGACUACGUUGGAUUUAUAAAGCUCGGAUUAAACUGAUAAUUUCCUCCUUGAGGCCGGUGUAUGUCUGUACAGUACUUAUAUAGGCGGCGGAUUCUAUGAAUUGAUUCUCUGCAACUUCGAGAGGCUGCGCCCAUUUCAUAGAAUGAAAGGAGUGACCUGAAGACCAGGCACAUGUUUGUGCACUGCAGGAGAAACUGCUUCGUAUGAAUGACAGCUGCUUUGGUACUCCAGGUGCUGUUCAACAUUUUCCAAGCUGGAAGAUAAAAUCUGACCAAGUUAAGAAAAUUGAAUUUAUAAGAAUAGGAGAUAAACUAAAAAAUCAACUUGUGAACAUUGAAAAAGACAAAAACAUCCUUCUCUUUAAUAAGAAGAGUGACUUUAGGAUGGAAUAUUGUACUCUGGAAGAGCUGGAACACCAACUGACUAAAAACCGGAAAGCAGAAAAAGCUCGAAUCCAAGAAAAACUGAUCAGAAUUCAUAAUAAUGUUAAGGGGCUUCAGCGGCAAUUAAAAGAUGUGAAGCCAACACCAGAAUUUGUUGACAGACUCAGAGAAAUGAUGGAGGAAGUUGAAAUGGCAAUAAAUGCUUUUAAAGAAGAACAGCGACAAAUAUAUGAGGAGCUAAUGAGAGAGGAGAAGACUGCUACUAAGGAACUUAACGCUUUGGAAGGGAAAAUGGAAAGAUGGGCGUCGGGUGCUUCAUCAAGAGGAACAUCAUAUAAGCAAGGCUUACUCCCAGUGGAUAAGGAGCUCCAAAGCCGUCUGCCCAAAGAAGUCAUUGAGCUUGAAAGAUUCCUUCAACAGACAGGCGGGAGACAAGGGGGUUGGGAUGAAUAUGAUCAUCAAAACUUUUUGAAAAUUUUGACAAAACAUAAAGGCAAACCAUCAUACAUCAAUGAAGCACUUGAUUUUCUCCCUGACAGAACAAGGGAGGAUAUUCAGCAGCAUGAGAAAUGGUAUCAAGAGUUUCAGAUUUUAGAGGCACGAAAAAAGGAGGCCAUUCAAAAGUGGAAGAUCAGAAAGCAACAACAGCGAGAGAAAAUGUUUGCCCAGAAGGAUGAAUCAGAGGAAAUGUUCACUGCAGCUCAACUUCAACGUGAAGAAGCUCAUAGGCAAAAAGCAGAAGAGGGAAGAAGAAAAACUCUGGCAGAGCUUGAAGCAUGGAAGAGACAGAAAGCAAUUGCAUAUGCAGUGAAACAGGCAGCUCAGCUACAAGAGAAGGAAGAGAAAGAGAAGAGAAAGCAGAAAGAGCGGCAACGGCAGUUUCAGAUAAAGUUGCUAUUAGUAGACUACAAUAGACAGAAAAAGGAGCAGGAAGAACUUUUGAGACUGGAAAAGGAAAAGAGGGAGGAAGCUGAAAGGGAGGAGAAGAAGAAAAUUGCUGCAGAAGAAAUUAUUAAGUUUCAGGAACGAGAUCUGCAGAAACUGGAGCUUAAGAUUCUAGAAAAACAGGCAAAAGAAGAAGAAAAGAUAGAAAAAGAAAAAAGACUGUCCAGGUUAAAAGAAAAGGUUGAAAUUAAUAUAACCAGGGACCCACAUAGGCUGUACAAAACUACAAAAGUUUGGGAAGAACGAACAAAAGAAAUUGGACCAUUGGGUUCAGAGCCAUUUUUGCAUAUUCCACACAGGGCUGUCCCAACCUGGCGACAAGGACUAUAGUUGGAUAUCUGCACACACACAAAAAUUAAAUGGCACAAAAUGCAUGUAUGCGGCUGUUUAUUUUAUUACUAUCUUGUUUGUAGACUAUGUUAGGGGUGUUCAUUUUGUAUUGAUGAGGUUACAUAAAUAUGAAUUUUACAUAAUGUUAAAGAAAAGUUUAAAUAGAGACUGCAAUGUAGAUUGCUUCUAAAAGCAUUAGCAAAGACUACUUGUACAAAGGAAAUAAAAACAAAUGUUUAUUCUUG